GCGGAACUGUCGUCUAGAAGAACGAUCAUAAUAAUCAACAAUGCAACCUUAUUGUGUCUUAGACUUCUGACUGAGUACUUUGGGUCAAUCCUUCGCUGCGAUCGGAUCGGAUCUGCUGGGGGGGUGCUCCAUAUCUCCGUCCACGGACAGCGCACACACACACACACACACACACACACACACACACACAUUCAACCAGUCGAUCUCAGACAUCCAUGAGAUCUCACACACUCACGGACCGGUCGAGAUUGCCGAUCAACGGACCACUCUUUUCCUGCUGGCGGAUGACCCGGAUUUCCUGCUUCCGUCGCUGUAGUAAUCGUCGCUGUAGUAAUCUUGUCGUCACUAAGUUAGAGCCCUCCUCCCCUCUGAACCGGUUCUCGGACAGCACGAACCAUGAUCUUAAUGUUUAUUACAUCACCGUUCUUGGUCUGAUCCUGUUCACACAAACAAGAUCCCAGACUGGGAUUAUUGAUACUAGCCCGUUUCCAGUCAAUUUUCGAUCCAACCAGCCCACGUUAUUUCAGUACCCCAGGUACAAGUACAAGCAAGCUAAGGCAAGGUAAAAACCAAACAAACGGUCGCUCAGCCAAAGCCGGUGCCA